ACUGCUUUGAUUAGGCAGCAGCGAAUUUGGUGCGUUAGUGACAAAAAUGGCGCGCCAGGGGUGUGUGACCGGCGCGCUGUGGUUAGGACGGAAUAUUUUAAAUAAAGAAUUAAAUGUGCUUAAAUCCGGAUAUUCCACGAAAGACAUUCUUUUGCGAAACUCGUCGGCCCGAAUAGAGGCAGUGCGCUGUGCAUCAACUAACUCUGAAACUCAGCGGAAGAAGCCGAAGCUCGGCGUGUUUGGAAAGGCCGUGCUUCUUGGCAUCGGUGUAGGAGGUGCUUAUGGAUAUUAUAGCUAUGAGCAACGAAAAAAACUGCUGGCCAAGCCAGCAUCAGGAGCUCAGUUUCUUCUCAAAGAGCCUCCGCCCGAACACCCACCAUCGAAAAGGGUAUCAAUCCCAGGAGACAACACUGGUCUCAAGCUGACACUGUAUCAGUAUCAGACUUGUCCAUUCUGCUGUAAAGUCAGGGCGUUCCUGGACUACUAUGGCAUCUCAUAUGACCUGAUUGAGGUCAACCCUGUGCUGAGGAAGGAAGUCAAGUGGUCCUCCUACAAGAAGGUGCCUGUCGUGGUGGCCGAAACACCACAGGGAUGGCAGCAACUGAACGACAGCUCGAUGGUGAUGUCGGCGCUCUACUCGUACCUGUACGACCCGAGUCGCGAGCUGCCCGAGCUGGCCUCCUACUACCCGCCGCUGACGGCCACGGAUGCCGACGGCCGCCGGCGCACCGACAUCAUGAACAAGUACUUCCUCAUGUACGGCGACCGCGACACCAAGAGGACCAAGGAGGACAUCAAGGCGGAGCGCGCCUGGCGCCGCUGGGCCGACGACGUGCUGGUGCACACGCUGUCCCCCAACGUGUACCGGACGCCCUCUGAGGCGCUGCAGGCGUUCCGCUGGUUCUCCGAGACCGGCGACUGGGAGCGGCUCUUCUCCAACUGGGAGCGCCUGCUGGUCAUCUACGUGGGCGCCGCCGCCAUGUACGGCAUCGGCAAGAUCCUCAAACGCAGACACAACCUCAAGUCUGACGUACGCGAGUCGCUGUACGAGGCGUGCGACACGUGGACCCGAGAGCUGCGCCAUCGGGGCACGCCGUUCCUGGGUGGCGAGCGGCCCAAUGUGGCCGACGUCUCCGUCUACGGCGUCCUCUCCAGCAUCGAGGGCUGCGACGCCUUCCAGGAGCUGCUGCAACACACCAAGAUCGGGCCCUGGUUCGCGCGGAUGAAGGAGGCCGUGACCAAACACGAGGGUGGCCGCGCUGUGGUGUGACCAGCCACGAGGGUGGCCGCGCUGUGGUGUGACCCCCGGGCCAGUCGGGCUGACGGCGACAUCUAUACAGUGCCGCCGGCCCGCUCGGCCGACCGACCGGCCCGGCCCGGCCCGACGCCGGUUACCGCUCCGAGCCGCCACUGCGUGCGGCGGGAGCCGACCCGUGCUGGCCGGUGCCGGGGCGGCUACUAGUGUGAGCCAGGCACGCGCUGCAAUAAUGCCGUAGUUGUGCCGCUGGAGCCGGGAAGUCACCCGCUCGUCGCCUCAGUUUGCUGAACGCGAAGUCAGUUAGUAUGCAGAGAUGCGUUGUGUGGAUAUCGUCUUUGAUAAAUGUUUUCGUCUCCCUA